GGAGGGGGUGGAUCGGAGCAUGAAAAGUCUUUCCCUCUCCGUCCGUGAGUUCAGUGUUUGUCUGAUACCGGCAGCGGCAGUUUCAAACACCGUGUCAGCGCAGGUAGCAUUUCAAAUUGAACCAGCAAAGACACCGUGAGAGGAAAAACAGAAGAACAAGCACAGGAAGAAUCUUUAAAUGGUUUCAGUUGCUCCGGUGUUUCUGAUUCCUGGCAGAUCCAGGUGAAGAUAUAUUUCACGGAUUCAAGCCAGAAGAGAGACAGGAAUCAUGAAUUUCCUCUUGUUGUCUGGAAAUUUGUUACUGAUUCCACUUUGAACAUUUCUCUUAGUCAGAAAAACAUGAACAAUAGCAUUGUUUCAAAUGAGUUGUGUCACAACACCACCCGCAUCGUGGGUCGGGAUGGCAAGCCAUCAACAAGUAUCAUUAUGUUUUUGUCUGCUGUGGUGGGAAACCUCUUGGCUCUCUUCAUCCUUGGUGUUCACCGGAAGGAGCACCGGUCCAGGUCCUCGGUCUUCUGCAUCCUCGUGACCGGCUUGGCCCUCACUGACCUGCUGGGAACCUGCCUGCUCAGCCCGCCUGUGUUCAUUUGCUAUGCCCACAACAUGUCCCUGCUCAGUCUGGGCAAUGAAGAACUGUGCAACCUUUUUGGCUUUGCCAUGAGUUUCUUUGGCCUGGCACCCACGCUCAUCCUGUGCGCCAUGGCAGUGGAACGCUGCCUGGCUAUCAGCCACCCUUACUUCUACUCUGUCCACAUCCGUCAAAGUUUUGCCAAGUUCACUCUUUUCUUUAUUUACCUCUUUUCUUUAGCUUUCUGCCUCUUGCCGUACAGCGGUUAUGGCAAAUUCAGACAGUACUGCCCUGGGACUUGGUGUUUCAUUGACAUGGAUGCAACAGGAGACGACCAGGCCAACUUGGUGCUGGCCUUCUCUCUGUCGUACUCCUCUCUUAUGGCACUGCUCAUCUUUGCAGUGUUUGUGUGUAAUGGAUCAGUGAUUGUCAGCCUGUGCCGGAUGCACCGGAGCCAGAUGAUGCGACGUGGCUCGGUGGUGUCAGCAGGGAGAAAGAGGAGGAUGAGCCUGGCCUGGUUCGGACAGGGCGAGGAAGAGAUGGAUCAUUUGGUGCUGCUGGCCCUCAUCACCGUCAUCUUUGUGGUCUGCUCCCUGCCGCUGACUAUUGCAGGCUUCAUCAACGCCAUCCAUCCGUUUAGCAGUGAUGCGGCCAACCUGACAGCCUUCCGUUUCUACGCCCUCAACCCCAUCGUGGAUCCCUGGGUCUUCAUCAUCUGCCGCAAGUCCGUGUUUCGCCACCUGUGCUCUCUGCUGAGCUGCCGCUUCAGCAAAGGAGCCGUGAAGGCGACGGCGGCGAACUGCGCUCUGUCUUUACCCCUCGACAACGCCAUACAGCGCAGCCCCCCAGAUGUGGCAGUAAAUCUACAAAACAACAUGUACCCCAGUCUGCCUCUAUGACCCAGAGGAACCUUCAGCUGGAGUCUGAGAGACAAAUCUCUGAUUUGAAACCAACAUGUGAAUACAAGAUCCCUGCACUCAUCAUUUUAAGGCACAAAUGGAACUCUUCUAUGGCUGUUGCAGUUCCCAUAUCAACAAACUGAGGAAAAAAUGAUUUCACUCGAUCUUAAUGUUCCAUUGACUCAUGGAAGCUGUGUGAGAAAUCUUGUGCCAUUAAACAAACAGCACUUUGACUUAGCAGUGGAGACCACAUCAAACCAUAUCAAGUCCAUGAAUAAUAUACUGUACAAUUUAUAUGGACAAAUAAUAUGCAUGAAUGUAUACUAUUCUUGUUUCCUCUCAGUCAAUCAACAUCUGCUUUAGACAUACUGUUCAUGGAUUCUCUACUUCUACAGCAUCUCGAAAUGGGAUGGAACUCGACAUGAAGAUGCUCGUACAGCUGAUUUCUUUGUCAUCGCUGGAGUCGAUGACAUGCAUUUCUGUGUGCUCACAAUGAUAAGGCUAGCGUGCUGAUGUUUAACAGGUACAGUAUUAACAAUGCUCAACAUUUGCUAAAUGGCUCAGAACACAAAGUACAGCUGAGGUGGAAGGAAUGUAGUUAUUUAACAAAUAUGUGGUCAUGAACUGAGAUGUUGUAAAACAUUGUGAUGGUGUUAAAUGAAACGUCAAGGAGUCGGCAAAGCUGUCAGAAUUCAGUCAGUUGGCACCAUAGGGUACGGCCAGAUUUCAUGGCAAUCCGGUACAUUUGAUAGCUGUCAAAGCAUUUCAGUUGAAGUUAGAAUACAGGACUUGCAUGUACGUUGAUGUUGGCUGCUUUCACAUGAUGCUCAUAAAUUCUUUCAGAGGCAGGAAAAUCUGUCUGUCGUACAGUGUACGACAGUUUUAAAUCUGGUGUCAUAGCAGAUAUUCUCACAUUAGUGCACCGGUAAUGGUGCCAGCAGCAAUGAUUGGUUUGCCUGAAUUAAAGACGGCUGCAACUGUAGCGACAGGUGGAGAAGGCUACAGCAAAUAGGAGUAUGGUGCAGCAGAUGGCAGAAUAACCAGCGAACCACAAGAAAAUCUUUCUGAUGCUUGAGAUAAAAAGUAACGGGAUAGGACGGGAUACAGUCGUAAAGAAAAGAACCUAUCGAUAGUGACGAUACACGUAGAGACAUACUGCCAGAAGGCGGAGACAAUAGCUCCUCACUGCAGAUUUCAGACAAAAAAAUGUCGACCACAUGGUGACAUCAGAGGGAAGCUCAGGAAAUCUACAACAGUCAGUAGGGUUCAUGUUCCAGAGAACACGAAUGUCUGUACAGGAUUUCAAGGCUUUCAUGCAAUAGUUGUUCUUAUUUCAUUGUGGACCAACGUGGGGAAUCAGUAAACCCACAUUGCUGUCUCUAGAGUGAAACCACUAUGACUAAAAAAGUAGUUUUCCAAAACACAAACUUUGAAUUUAGACUGGUUUUCUCUAAGGGUUACAGACUGUCUGACACACAGGGCUGGUUAGUCUUUUUUUUAAAAUAGGCCCUGACAGACUUUAUCACCCUUUUGCACCCCAACUGCUCCACCUGCAGCACAAAGAGGAGUACCAUGAAUGUGAAAAUGUAGUAUAUGCAUUGGUAGAUUAGAAUCUUGUCAUUUUAGUUGUUGCUCUCAGUUUAUAAAACAACAACAACAACAACAAAAAAACAGAAACAACCUGCUAAAAAUGAUAGGAGUAAAAUAAAAACCGUCCAAUUGUUUUAAUUUAGGUUAACAUUAAAGGAGUAUUGGAAAGUUAAACCUGAUUUCUAGCCUUCUAUGGACAAAUCAAAUCUUUAUUUUCCUGAGAUUUGCAUUAAAAAGUCACUUUAUUCUAAAAUUAGGCUUAUUUGCUGUCGCAGUGCAGCACAUAAGGUCACUGCAUUGCACAAACUUUAUAUUGCACCACACUUCUUCCAUUUUACUGAUUUCUAAGCUACCUACAAUGAUUGUGAAUGUUUAUUAAGAGCCUCUUGCUUUGAAAAAUCUCUGCUGCUGCUGCUGCUGCUGCACUGGGAGAAUUACUCUUUUGUUGUCGUGACUGUAAAUGCAUUUAAAUGUAGCAUAUAUGUACGCCAUUUCACUGUGCUAUACUGCUGUGAAUUCUUCUAAUUGUGUUGUUUUGGUUUACGGAAUGGAUUGCAAAAAAUGCAGGGGUAAUAGACGUGGUGAUUUAAGUUUAUUUUAUUGGCUGUAUUGCACAUUCAUCAUUUGCUUAUGCUCAGUCAUGCAUGACCCAAAGUAAGUCGAACACGUUACCGCCUGCACAUUUAGUUCUUUGGAAGGAUGAGCUGCACAUCCAUCAAAAUGAAUGAAAGAAAACAUUUUUAGAAAAAAAAAGUAUUCAUUCUGUGGUACACAUUUUGUUCAUGUGGAUUAAAAUA